CGACUGAACGUGUACUCAACGUGGUGGUGCAAUUGCAACAUGUCGAGUGGCUCUGUUGACCGGAGGGCGUCGUCCACGGCGGCGCCGGUGGAGGCCGGGGACGCGCCGCCCGACGGCAGCUCUGCUACCCACACGCUCAAGCUCCACCAGCUUCUUGCGCUCCGCUCACCCACCACGGACACGUCCGGGCAUCUCGUCGUCGACGUGCAGCCAAUGGCCACAGAUGACGGUUAUGGGAGUAACAGACCUGACUUGAUUAGCCGCCCCGCGGUCCACUUCGUGCUGGCCUUCGACGACCUCACGUACAGCGUCAAGCGGUCGAGGAGGUCGUUCCACCGGAGCCGCCACGUCGGGACCGACGCGACGACGGGCGAGAGUACCGCGAGGACGAGGACGCUGCUCGACGGCAUCUCCGGGGAGGCGCGGGAGGGGGAGAUCCUGGCCGUGCUCGGCGCGAGCGGCGCCGGCAAGAGCACGCUCAUCGACGCGCUCGCCGACCGGAUCCAGCGCGAGAGCCUCUGCGGCGCCGUCACGCUCAACGGGGAGGCCCUCGAUGGCCGCCUGCUCAAGGUCAUCUCGGCGUACGUCAUGCAGGACGACCUCCUUUACCCGAUGCUCACCGUCGCCGAGACGCUCAUGUACUCGGCGGAGUUCCGGCUCCCACGCUCGCUGUCCGCGUCCAAGAAGAGGAGCCGCGUACAGGCGCUCAUCGACCAACUCGGCCUCCGCGCCGCAGCCAACACCAUCAUCGGCGACGAGGGCCGCCGCGGCGUGUCGGGUGGCGAGCGCCGACGAGUGUCCAUCGGCAUCGACAUCAUCCACGACCCCAUCAUCCUGUUCCUCGACGAGCCCACCUCCGGCCUCGACUCCACCAGCGCGUUCAUGGUGGUCAAGGUGCUGCAGCUUAUCGCGCAGAGCGGCAGCGUCGUGAUCAUGUCCAUCCACCAGCCGAGCUACCGAAUCCUCGGGCUCCUCGAUCGUCUCCUAUUCCUAUCCCGUGGUCGAACGGUGUACAACGGCCCACCGACGGGCUUGCCUCUGUUCUUCUCGGAGUUCGGCCACCCGAUCCCCGACGGCGAGAACCCGGCCGAGUUCGCGCUCGACACAAUUCGCGAGCUCGAGGGCACCCAGGACGGGACCAAGGAGCUUGUGGAGUUCAGCAAGUCGUGGCAAGAGAAGCCGCUAUCACGAGCCAUCUCGGACGCAAGCACGGGAACCCACGACAAGCCGUCGCUGUCGCUAAAGGAGGCCAUCAGCUUAAGCAUCGCCCGCGGCAAGCUGGUGUCCGGCACAAGCACCGGCGGCGACACGUCGACGGCCGCGGCAACAAAGAUGUCGACCUACGCGAACCCGUGGUGGGUGGAGGUGUGGGUGCUGACGCGUCGGGCGUUCACCAACACGCGGCGCACGCCGGAGCUGUUCCUGAUCCGUCUCUGCACGGUGGUGGUCACGGCGUUCAUCCUGGCCACCGUGUUCUGGCAGCUGGACAACACCCCCAAGGGCGUGAACGAGCGGUUCGGCUUCUUCGCCAUCGGCAUGUCCACCAUGUUCUACACCAGCGCGGACGCGCUGCCCGUGUUCCUCAUUGAGCGGUACAUCUUCCUCCGUGAGACGGCGCACAACGCGUACCGCCGGUCCUCCUACACGCUCUCCAACGCCAUAGUCGCGUUCCCGCCGCUGGUGCUGCUGUCCCUCGCCUUCACCGCCAUCACCUUCUUCGCCGUCGACCUCGCCGGCGGCGCGCAGGGGUUCGUCUUCUUCGUGCUCAUCGUGUUCGCCUCCUUCUGGGCGGGCAGCGGGUUCGUGACCUUCCUCUCCGGCGUCGUCCCACACGUGAUCAUCGGGUACACCGUCGUGGUCGCCGUGCUGGCCUACUUCCUGCUCUUCAGCGGCUUCUUCGUGACCCGGGACCGGAUCCCGGACUACUGGAUCUGGUUCCACUACCUGUCGCUGAUCAAGUACCCGUACCAGGCCGUGAUGCAGAACGAGUUCGGCGCCGACCCGGGCAAGUGCUUCAUGCGCGGGGUGCAGAUGUUCGACGGCACGCCGAUGGGGAAGCUGCCGGAAGCCACCAAGGUAAACGUGCUCAACGCCAUGAGCAAGUCCAUGCGGGUGGACUUCAACAGCAGCUCGUGCAUCACGGCCGGGCCGGACAUUCUCGCGAAGCAGGCCGUUACGGACCUCGGCAAGUGGGCAUGCCUCUGGGUCACCAUCGCGUGGGGGUUCCUGUUCCGCGUCCUCUUCUACCUCACGCUCGUGCUGGGGAGCAGGAACAAGAGGAGGUGAUCGAUCGGUGCAUCGAUGGAGGUUCUAUCAUUCUGGUCGGUUUGAUCGCGUGCGUGCAUGCCGGCGAGUCCACAACGUAUUGCGCGUAUUGUGCUCGCGCAUGCGUUCUUGGAAUUGCAACUAACAUCGCACACGUAUAGACUCAUCAGAUAAGGCCGGGUUUGCCAAAGACUUCUUUUUUUGGGCGACGAAAGUACUUCGUUCGCUUAUGAAUUGUAUCAUUCUGAUAU